AUGGUUAUAUCCGAAUUGAUAACAUGAUCUCCUAUUUUCUGACAAGACAACAUUGAAAAAUUGUGAGUUGUUUAAAUUUUUGUCGUUCAGACAGCCUUUUGCAUUCAGCAGAAGAAGGCGGUUUUCCAUGUGUUACUGCAUCAAUAUUUAUAUAAUUCGGUAAGCUGAUUUGUGGAUUCCAACAACAGUUUGAUGAAAAGUAAGUUUCGUCGUGAACGGAAUUCCAGUUUGUCGCGAAUUUAAACGAUGGGCGACUGAGAGACAUGAGUGGAAAAUUGAGUUGUGAUGAUGAGGCGGGGCUAUAAUGUCAUCCAGAUGAUCUAAAAAAGCCGAUGUGACACCGUAUUGACAUCAUUGGGUCACGUUAUGGAGGAUAGUUUGAGUGUAAAGUCGAUGGAAUCAGUGGCGACUAGUGAUGAAUACGAAUUCGUGAAUGACAAAGGAUCGUCAAAAAAUCAACAGGCCCUUCUCGAGCCACCUAUGCUGAACAUCGCCAAUAAUGGUAAUUUAGAAGAUCUACAGAAUAAUUUGAGGGAGGUACUCACUGAGGAUACGAAAAUGGAAAGCAUUGAAGAUGUCAAGAUCGGUGAUGGUACCAUUCAGAGAACGAAGGAAGUGGGCCAGAGUAAAUUUUAUGAUGUGGUAGCUACAGAAAAACAGGAUAAAAUGAAACCAGAUGACUACGAAGAUUAUGAGUUGAACACAAUGGCAGAUUUCCACCAGGACUGCACGAUAUUCAAUGGAGUGACUUAUCUUGGCGCUGCUGCUAUAAAUGCCCCAAAAUCAGAGGCUGAAAUCCAGAGGAAUAUGGCAAUCCUAUCAGCCGAACAGACUGUCAACCUUGAGAUCAAAGUUUCGGUGUCUGUACCAAGCAGUUCUCAGGGUUCGGUGGUGCUGUACGACGCAGGAACGCAGCAACCAAUGGUCUACUACGAGGUCCAGAGAAUUUUAUUUUACGUACGCGGUGACAUUACUGGUAGCUGUGCUGCAUGCUUUGCCUUCACAUGGUCCCACGGUGAUACACAAGAGUCAGCCAUAUUUCAGUGCCACGUAUUUCGUUGUGACAUACCGGAAGCAGUUGGUCAGGUCUCGGCUUGCUUUGCAAAGGCCUUCCAGCGCAUUCCUCGAUCGAUGACGAGUUCACUGACAAGUACAGACUUCAACAAUGGGUUCAACCAAGCUGAGCGAAGCAAUUCAAGGGUGUUCAUCUUCGAGGUGACAAUGGAGGUGAAAGAGGAAGACGGUAGGGGAAGUUACAGUACAGUACCAAAGGACAGAAACUGCUUUAAACUUCGAAGCAAUGUCGCCAAGCAGGUCUGCCUCAGUAUCCAACAGGUAUCCAGCAAAGAGGGUGGAAUAACACUCGAAGUUGAAAGAUGUUUUGGAGUUUUAGUCAGUCCAGGUCGUAAUGUCAAACACUCAGACAUGCGUUUGCUGGAGAUGCAGUCUAGUGUGGCACCAAUGGGCCAGGACAAGCAGUGCUACAACAUAUCCGGCAGUUGGGAUCCUGCUGAUCCAGCCCUGGAGACUCUCAAUAACGAGACAAAGGAGGGCAAGAUCUACAUGACAGUUGCUGUUGACUUGGUGAUAAGGGGAAUAAGAGAACCUGUCAGAUUUGUCAUUGAAACAGCCGUCAAGGUUUAUCCCCAGAAUGAAAGGUUCUGGUAUCUGGUGAAGAAGAAUCUUGUCCAGCAAUUUCAGCUCAACUCGAAGGAAAUUGUAUCAGCUGAUGGCAAGGAAAUACAUUACGAGGUACAGAGCAUCGAAACUUCUGGUGAAUUAGAUCGAAAUCGAUUGAAUCUCGCUCUCAAUCUGGCCUCGUUGAUCCGGUCACCUUCGUUGACUAGUAUUGAUACAUUGACACCCAAUCAUCCCGAGGAGGUUGACUCUGAUGGGGAUGAGCCAAUGCUCAGUGGCACUGGCGAGGUCUCCAAGUACUGCUCUGUGGAUGAGCUGGCCAGCUGGAAGGAGGUCCUAGACAUCUGGCAAAUUAACCAACACCGUCCAAAAUUGCUUAUUAAAUUGACACGUCAGGGGAUACCUGAGGCGCUCAGGGGUGAGGUCUGGCAAAGGCUGAGUAAUUGUGAUAAUUCGCAAGACAUGAUGGACAAGUACAGGAUUCUCAUUACCAAGGAGAGUAGUUGCGAAAGUGUUAUCCUGAGAGAUAUAAAUCGAACAUUUCCUGCACAUGAUUUCUUCAAAGAAACCGGAGGUUUGGGACAGGAUUCACUGUAUAGAAUCAGUAAAGCUUAUGCUGCGUAUGACGAAGAAGUCGGUUACUGUCAGGGAUUGAGUUUCCUCGUUGCAAGUCUUCUUUUACAUAUGCCAGAAGAACAAGCGUUUUGUGUUCUAGUUAAAUUGAUGUACAAUUAUGGGCUGAGGGAUUUGUACAAAGAUAGAUUUGACAAUCUUCAUAUGCGCUUUUACCAACUCAAUCGUUUAAUCGAGGAUCAAUUGCCAGAGCUCUACAAACACUUUUUCGAUCUUGGCGUCGAAACCCAUAUGUUCGCAGCACAAUGGUUCCUCACCUUAUUCACAGCCCGAUUUCCUCUCUACCUAGUAUUUCACAUUCUCGAUGUCUUCUUACUGCAAGGACUGGAUACCAUCUUCCAAGUUGCUCUUGCACUACUGACGCUAUGCAAGAAAGAAUUACUUCAACAAGAUUUCGAAUCAAUACUGAAAUAUUUUCGCGUUCACCUGCCAAAGCGUUGUCGCAGUGAGGAUGUGUCACGUCACGUCAUGAAACUCGCGUGCUCAGUAACGUUGAAGAAACUUAAAAAAUAUGAGGCAGAAUUCACGACCCUCAAAGAAGCACAGGAGAAUGCAGACGAGUACAGCAACGAGCUGGAACAGCUGCGAAUAGUCGUUGGGAGGAAUGAGGAGGAGAAACAAAGACUUGAGACUGAGCUCAUGCAGAUCAAAGAGAUGUUGCAGAGGGAAGUGGCCAGGGCUGAUGCCGAAAGUAGGAGGAACGUUGUCAUCAUUAAUGAAUACAAACAGAUAUGUCAACGGCUAGAGGAUGAUUACAACUCAGCCAAGACAGCUUUGAGUGACUUGAGGUUGAAAAUUUCAAAAUGUGAAAAAUGCAGGGACUGUGAGACUGACUCCUCGACAGUGUGUACUGAAAUUUCUCAUCCCCUCGAGACUCGUGUCGAUCCAAUGUUGCAUAGAACUCAAGAGCGAGUCCGUGAACUAGAGCUUGAAUUGGCGCAGACUAAAUUGGCGCAUGUCGAAGCUGAAUGUCGAAACCAGGAUCUGACUCAUCAGCUUCAUGCAACAGCCUCAGAACUCCAGACAGCCCGAAAUACGUGGCCUUGGUUAAGUAAAACUUUAUCAAGUAUAAAAGAAGCUACCAAUAAACGUGAUAUUAUAAAUCCCGGUGUCAUAAGACGUGAGAGUGCACCGAGCGGUGAACUAAGACAUACGAUACAUUCGCAGAGCCGUGAUAGCAUUAAAGAGGCCGUUUGAGUAACUAAAAUUGACAAAUGUUCCAAUAAUCGAUAAAACAAAUAUAUAUUACUAUUCGUACUGUCAUGUAACUCAGGACUAGACAACGGGUACUACAACUCCAAGUUGGUACUCUCAUUGCCAAAAAAGAUCGCAAUAACAUUGAUAGAUGCAUUCCAUGGAGUUGUUUAUCAAACAUGGAAAAAAAACUUAUUUAUUACGAUUGAGAUAGAUUCGAUGAUUUUAUGAGUAUCAUAUUUCUUCCUGCAUUAACAGAUAGUUAAUCCCCACAAAUGUAUUACUUCUGAUGGAUAUUAUUUAGAAUCAUUAAUUACGUUUAACAUUUUGCAUUGAUUGGUACUUUUAUUUUGUUGUUGAAAAAAUUUGAGAAAAGUGCGACCUCAUUGGAUGUUUCAUUCAUUAAAUUAUUGCGCUCAUGAAAUAUAAUGACAGAAUGUCACAAAAAAUUGUACUGGGUAGAAUGUUCUUCGCAAUAUCGACAGUUAUGUCGGUAGUAAUAGUUUUCUGCAAAUAACUCUAUUUCAUUAUUUAAAGUAGGGUAAACAUGCCAAUUUCUGGGCCGUCUCAACUUCCAUUGAAUAUUCCAUAGAUGGUAAAAUGAAAAUCGCACUGAUUACUUCACCUUUCAAUAAUAUCACUCGUGCGUAAUCAUGUGAUCACUUAUUUUUUCUAUUAAUCGAUAUUUAAUAAAUAAAGGUAUGUGGCCCAGGCAUCGAGAAAUUGCGGUUUUGGCUGGAUUCAAUUAUUUCUUAACUUAAAUAUUUUUCUAUUACUUUGCCGAGGAGUAAUUUUUUCGGCUAAUUAACACAUUCUCGAAGACAUUCGGGCCGUAUACCUCCUUUCAGGUGACGCUUCUAUUGCUGAUUAAUUGGCCUGUUCACCCUGGAUGAAAAAAAAAUUAGUUCAAUUCUUCGGUGAUGGUUGUGCGCGGCUCGUUUGGGACUGAUAAUUUUUUUUUCAUGAUUUGAAGACGAAAUGAGGAAUUAAGAGUAGCAGACAGCGUUAAAAUAAAAAUGCUGUUACAUGAAAGCGGAGAAUCUUUCGACAAUAGAAUAAAUGAACGAUUGUAACGUUGAAAAGGUCGUUAGGUGCCAUAGUCUGAGUUUUUUUUUUUUUUCAA